AUGGCCUCCAAGGCGGCUCCUCAAAGCCUUGACACCAAGGCCGUUGGACCUCCGAAUCAAACACUCUAUUGCACCAAUCUCCCAGACAAGCUCCGCAAAUAUGACCUACGACUGUCACUCUACACCCUUUUCUCCACCUACGGCACCGUUCUCGACGUUGUGGCUAUGAAGACAAGCAAAAUGCGUGGGCAAGCACAUAUUGUGUUUAAGGAUGUGCAGGCUAGCACCCAGGCUAUGCGCGCUCUGCAAGGAUUUGAAUUCUUCGGCAAAGAGAUGAAAAUUGUGUACGGCAAAGGUACAUCCGAUGUCAUUGGGCGACUCUGUGGUACAUAUAAUGCGCCCAGCGCCGGGGCCGGACCGAGCGGAGUUUCUACAGACCUUCAGAAAUCCAUUUUCAGUGGCCCACCGGGCACAGUCCCCGUACGAGCGACCGAAGCUAAUGGCGAAUCGCAAGGAACCAAGCGGGCCCGUGAGGAUGAGAGUGAUGCAGAGGAUGCCCCAAUGGAUGAGGACAGCGAUGUAUCUAUGGAAGCGUCCUCGGAUGAAGAGUAA